CCGCUUCUGAUCGCCACCCAGGAGGCCAGAUGUGGCUAUGUGAUCAUUCUCAUGGCUGUGUACUGGUGCACUGAGGUGAUUCCUUUGGCUGUUACAUCUCUCUUGCCAGUCAUUUUAUUCCCAUUGUUUGGCAUCCUGGAAUCAAAAAAGGUAUGCAUGCAGUACCUAAAGGACACAAAUAUGCUCUUUAUUGGGGGCCUGAUUGUGGCUGUGGCUGUAGAGCAUUGGAACCUGCACAAGCGGAUUGCGCUCAGGGUGUUGCUAAUUGUUGGAGUGAAACCUGCACUCCUGAUGUUGGGAUUUAUGGCGGUUACGGCUUUCCUGUCCAUGUGGAUCAGCAACACAGCAACCACUGCCAUGAUGGUCCCCAUCAUCCAGGCUGUUCUAGACCAGAUGAACAAUUCAGAGCAUGAGCUGACAGUCAUGGAAUCAGCUGCUGGACACAUCAACAAUGCUGUUGAACUGGAAGGGAAGGUGGCCACGGGAGUCUCCUCAGUGCAAGGCAAUGGAUACCUUCCUGAUGAUUCUCAAGAGCAAGACAGGAUAGCAAAGAAGCGUACAAACAAGGGAAUGACCCUGUGUGUGUGUUACGCAGCAAGCAUUGGCGGGACAGCCACCCUUACUGGGACAGGCCCUAACUUGGUCCUGAAAGGCCAGAUGAAUCAAUUGUUUCCAAGAAAUGAUGAUAUCUUGAAUUUUGCUUCCUGGUUUGGAUUUGCUUUUCCCAAUAUGUUGUUGAUGCUGAUACUGGCCUGGUUUUGGCUUCAGUUUUCCUUUAUGGGAUUUAACUUUCGGAAAACCUGGGGUUGUGGAAAACAAAAGACUGAGAAAGAGAAGGCUGCUCUUAACGUGCUGAAGGAAGAGUAUCGAAAGUUGGGGCCCAUCUGCUUUGCUGAAAUCAGUGUCCUCAUGGUUUUCACACUGCUGAUUCUCCUCUGGUUCACCCGAGAUCCAGGCUUCGUCCCAGGCUGGGCAACUUUUCUCUUCAAUAAAGACAAAGAAUAUGUAACUGACGCCACUGUGGCCAUUUUUGUGGCCCUACUGCUCUUCAUUCUUCCUUCCGUGAGGCCCAGAUGUGGUUUCUGCAGCCAGAACAGCUGUGAUUUGGAAGAAGCUGAGGAAGAUAUGAAGGAACCAUUUUUCCCCGCUCCAUUGCUGGAUUGGAACACUGUUCAGAAGAAGUUGCCUUGGAAUAUUGUACUGCUGCUUGGAGGUGGCUUUGCUUUGGCCAGUGGAAGUGAUGCUUCAGGGCUGUCCAAAUGGCUGGGGAAUCAGAUGACACCACUGCAUACCAUUCCUCCCUGGGCCAUUGCAGUUAUUCUCUGUAUUGUCAUUGCCAUUUUCACCGAAUGUACCAGUAAUGUGGCAACAGCCACCCUCUUCCUUCCCGUCUUUGCAUCAUUGUCACAGUCCAUUAAAGUCAACCCUUUAUACAUCAUGAUUCCAGGCACUCUCAGUGCUUCAUUCGCCUUCAUGCUCCCUGUGGCAACCCCUCCAAAUGCCAUCGUAUUCUCCUAUGGCCAUCUCCGCGUAUCUGACAUGGUUAAAGCUGGAAUUGUGAUGAACAUCAUUGGAGUCAUUUGCGUAACUCUAGCCAUCAACAGCUGGGGGCGUGCUAUGUUCCAGUUAGACACUUUUCCAUCAUGGGCAAACGGCACCCUAGGGAAGUGAAAACAAAGCCAAAAGCAUUCUGCACUUAUAUGGACGUCCUGUUCCUUUCUUGCCCCAAUUUUCUUCUCAAACCUUAGUUAACCCACUGAGGUCCAAUUUUUUGUCCUGAGUUGGGGCAGACCACCUGGAAAGCAUUCCAGCCACACCUAAAUGUUUGUGCUGCUUCCAGAAGAAUCUCUGAGCAAACAUCUCAGUGGCAUCUCCUGCAGCCAGUGCUUGCCCAGCUGUGUUUCCAGGCACACCAGGAACAGAAUAUGGGUUCUUUAGAGACAAAACAUGGGGGCAAAAACUGCUAUGUUUAAAUAUAGGAAGAAAGUGGCUUCAGAACAGACUAAACUUACAGUCAUUAAGGUAAAACUGGGAGUAUGUCAAGCACAGGCCUGAUGAAUUCCCUAUAUUGUCUGGCUGCAAAGUAACCAUUUUACAUGUGACUCCUGCUACCUGAUUAACUCACUCAGGCCAAUCUUAUUUGGAGAGACACAGAAAAUGCCUCAAGACAAGAAGAAUGUCUCUUCCACACUGGCAUGUUGAUCUGGACUAUAUGGGCUAACAACAGUCUGCUGUGUUCUGAUUUUGGUAGUUCCCAGCCAGGCAGAAAUGCAAUUGUGUCUUCCUGUCCCAUUUGCAGGCCCAGAGCUAGGCAGCUAGCAGAAGGGGAUAUGGGUGGACUAGGGUGGGCUUGAAAGUGUGGGAGUAAAAUCAAAACAGCCAGAGUUAAAUGCAGGUAGCUUAAUAUGUUUAAUGUUAUUUAAAUUGCCUUAAAAUCGGUGCAAUACAAUUUGCAUUUUGUGCAUCUGAUAAACAUACAUAUAAAAAUAUCUCAGUACCUUUGAACUCAGUGGCUGGAAAGUAGCAGAUCCGGGAGCUAUUGGAUAAAAACUGGCCUUGAGAAAAGAGGAAGAGAAGAUCUUCUUUAAAAUGUUAGAUAAAUAUUCAUGUAAGCCAUCCAGAGUAUCCUCAUAGACAUAAUCUUUCCUCCCUUAAGCAAAAGUUCUUCUUGCUGGGGCCUUUUGCGUAUGAGAAGUCAUGAUUUUAUAUGUUCCUUUGCAAGAGUCAGGAGGAGGGGCAUUUAGAGCACAAAUAUAUAAAGUAGACCUUUAAGUUAUUUUUCUAUAGUAGUUUGCCUGACUUUGAAAACUUGUAAAAAUGAAAUGUCACAAAAUAAUAAUUCUUUUUAAUUGAUGAAUUUUAUUUGAUGUUUUACCUUGCUGUCUUCAAUCAGUAUGAAUGACUUUAAACUAAUUUUUAAUUCUUCAGUUAAAGAUUCAAUGAUACUUAAAUUUCCAAUGUUGACAGAUGUUUAUGUGCCAAAGUUGAAUAGUUUUGCUCUUGAGUAAUGGAUGGGCAGGAAACUCUGUGACUUGAUUCAUACAUUGAGCCAAGCCAUCACAUGGUUUGCUUCGUGUCAACAUAGUAUGUUGGAUAAAUCUGGCUAUUGUGGCUUAGCCUGCUGUGUAAAUGUAUGAACAGCCUUGUGAUUCUUGAAAUAGUUAUUCUGCCCAAUUUCACUAGUGAUUGCAUGAAAAGGGGAAAUGCAUUGUCUUCUGAGGUAAUAAGGACUGGAGAUUUCUGGUUAUAUGACUCCUGAGAAGAGACCAAAGGAUGAUAGCUACCUCCUACUUUCCCCAUUACAUCUAGGUCCGGACUAACAUAUCUCCUUAUUCAUUUUGUGAUCUGGCACCAUCAGUUUACAUGGUGCUUGAGGGAAUAGAGGCUCUGUGCUCUAAAGAGGAAGAUCUAGUAGGAUCUCAGCUCCUGGUCAGGAGUCUCAGUGUUUGUUAGUCCUCUUGAAAGAGUUUGUUCUUACAAGGAGUGAUAUAGGCCUACUUGUGAUGGGUACUGUUCAGUUGUUCAUUUUUUAAAAAUCUCUUUUUAAAGAUUUUAUCUUUCAUGAGCUUGUAGCCAAGAGGUUGUUGUUCUAACUUAAUUAUCUAUAU